AUGGCCGAUAAUGUGGAUGUGUCCAGCAAACUGGACGAAGGGCUGCCUGUAAUUAAUCUUCACCUGGGGGAGCUUGACUUUACGUCGGAGGAUUUUUUACUGGAUGAAGUGGAUCUUCACAUACAAGAAAAUUUAGAAGAUGACAUAGUUAAAGAAGCCCUGAAGAAGGGUGUUGAUUUGAGGCAGUACUCAAAGGAGAUUGAGCAGGAACUGCAGAAGGUGGAGAAUGAGUCUGUUCAGGACUAUAUUAAAGAGAGUCACAACAUUGCUAGUCUCCACAAACAGAUUGCUGCAUUUGAUACCAUAUUACAGCGGAUGGAACAAAUGUUGAAUGGGUUUCAAGGAGAUCUCAGCAGUAUUAGUACAGAAAUCCAGUCCUUGCAAGACCAGUCUAUUGCCAUGAAUGUCAAGCUCAAGAACAGACAGGCUGUCAGAGGGGAACUCAGCCAGUAUGUGGAUGAGAUGGUUAUACCUGAGUCAAUGAUCACAACAAUUCUGGAGACCCCAGUGACCGAGGAUGAUUUCAAAGAGCAGUUGCAUGAGCUGAAUCACAAAAUCAACUUUGUGAAAGAACAGUCCUUCAGGGAUGCUAGAGCAUGUCUGGAUGUGAAAGACAUCCUGGAGAAGCUGAAAAUCAAAGCAAUCUCUAAAAUUAGGGAAUUCCUGCUGCAAAAGAUCUAUGCAUUUAGAAAACCUAUGACCAACUAUCAGAUACCUCAGAACACACUUUUGAAAUUCAGGAUAUUUAACGAGUUCCUAAUGGCCAACGAAAGACAUGUGGCUAAAGAAAUCAGGGAUGAAUAUGUGGACACUAUGAGUAAGAUCUAUUACUCGUACUUCAAGGGAUACUCCAGUAGGCUGACCAAGCUACAGAAAGAGUUAGCCAAAUUGUUUGAGGAAGCGGCUGCUAGAGAUGAUCUCAUGGGAGUUGAAGACACUGCCAAAAAAGAUAUCCUUUUUUUCUUCUCAUCGAAGCCACAACUGAAGAACAGAUCAACUGUGUUUACACUGGGGAACAGGGGGGAGAUUCUCACUACAGAACUGGAGGCUCCAGUUAUUGUUCCUCAUGCUGCGGCCAAGAAUGAAACCAGGUACUCAUUUGAGAGCAUCUUCCGCAGUCUUCAUUUUGCCUUGAUGGACAACAGUUGCAGGGAAUAUCUCUUUAUUACUGAUUUCUUCAUGGUCUCUGGAGCCGGGGCUCAGAACCUGUUUGAGGCAAUCUUGGGGAAAACACUGACUCUGUUUUUGAAAAUAGUGGAGGAGAGUGUUAUGGACUGCUACGACUCCAUUGGCAUCUUUCUUUCAGCACAUGUGGUCUACAGAUACCAGAGUAUUAUGGCCAAGAGAAACAUCCCAGCUUUAGAUAGGUACUGGGAGACCAUUCUCAGCCAUCUGUGGCCUCGCUUUGAGUACAUCGUGACCAUGAACAUACAGAGUGUGAGAGAAUGUGAGCCGAGCAAGCUUGGACAUAUCGACAACCGGCCUCACUAU